AACUGGACAGGUACCUCUAAGUCUGGGGUGCAGUACCAGGGCCAUGGGGAGAUCCCCAAUUUUUCUGAUGAAAAUAGAGUGGAUGAAGUGGAGAUUAGUGUGAGCCCUGCCAAGGAUGAGCCUGACACAAAUCUCGUGGCCUUAAUGAAGGAAGAAGGGGUGAAACUUCUAAGAGAAGCAAUGGGAAUGUACAGCAGCGCCUUCAAAACAGACUGCACGCAGGGUAUGAUCUUGCCUACAAUGAAUGGACAGUCAGUAGACCCAGUCGGGCAGCCAGCACUGAAAACUGAGGAGUGCGAGGCCAAGCCUGCUCCUUCAAAAGCCCAGGCCAGACCUGUUGGUGUCAAAAUCCCCACUUGUAAGAACACCCUUAGAGAGAGCUUCCUGACCUCACCAGAGGAGCUCCAUAGAGUUUUUACCACCCAGGAGCUUGUUCGGGCCUUUACCCAUGCUCCUGCAAUGUUAGAAGCAGACAAAGGGGGCAAGUGUCACCUGGUAGAUGGCAAUGUCUCUGGAGAACUCACUGAUUUGAUCCCUGAGAAACAUAUUGUGAUGAAGUGGAGGUUUAAAUCGUGCCCAGAAGGGCACUUUGCCACCAUCACCUUGACCUUCAUUGACAAGAAUGGAGAGACUGAGCUGUGCAUGGAAGGCCGAGGCAUCCCUGCCCCAGAGGAGGAGAGGAAACAGCAGGACUGGCAGCGGUACUACUUUGAGGGCAUCAAACAGACCUUUGGCUAUGGCUCACGCUUAUUUUAG